CCGGGUAUCCCCGACAGCGUCAUGAACCGGCUGUCCAAGGCGGCCAACGAGGUGAUGAGCAGGAUCGUGGGGUUGAAGCCGACGCCGAUGCAACCGUUCACUCACGGGUUGUCGACGCCGGACACCACGCCGCGCAAGCCUCGGAAGGUGCACCGGUUCAAGCCCGUGGAGUUGGACAGCCUCAAGGAAGGCGCGUCCGUCAAGGUGGAGGCGUGAGUGAGUGACGGGGCUCGAGUUCCGCCCGUGUCUCCUCCCGCGCCGACGCCGAUGUUUGUUUGAUAUGGCAAGUUGUGUAUUUAUGGAGUGUGUCGAGAAGGAAGAGGGUGACGGUUUCUGGGCUCAGAGACGAAAAAAAAGAGUUAAAAAAGAGAGAGGGUGGAGAGGGUGUGUGGGACAGCGCCGACAAGUAUUACGUCAGGGUAUUAGCACUACGUCAGGAUUACUUAUCAGGGGAUCAUCGGCGAGGGUAUCGUCGGCGCUGAGGUUAAUUAGCAAACGAGGCAAAGGCUGGUGGACGCGGUUUUUAUUCGCCGCUCGCCAGCCCUGGGUGUCGCGCCGGUGUCGUGAGCCCGAAUCGCCUUUUUUCAAUUCCAAAAACG